CCUCCAAUCCUCAUCUGUUCCUCAUAGGAGCAGUGGAGAGAGUGAGUGAGUGAGUGAUUGAGUGACAGAGGAAUAUCCCACUGUGUGUGUGUGUGAGUGAGUGUGUGUGUGUGACACCAAAAGUGAAUGAGCGGGAGAAAGUGUAUCACAGGGCGGCUGAACUUAUGACAACGAGCAGAGGGGAGACCACUGGAGGAAAAGUGAUUUAAGAUCUGACCAAACACCCGAGGAGUCUCCAUAUCGGAUCAUCAUCUUUCUCUCCCUGUCUCCACUGGUGACAGUGCCUAACGACCAGCGCCAUGGGUGAAAUGGAGGAAUUGCGAAAGGAGAUGGAAAAUCUCAAAGACCAGAUCACCGCAGCUCGUAAGACGUUUCAGGACACCACCCUGCAGGAAGCGGCGUCCGGGGUCACGGUGGUGGGGCGGGUCCAGCUGAAGACCCGGAAAACUCUGAGGGGUCACCUCGCCAAGAUCUACGCUAUGCACUGGGGCACUGACUCCACGCUGUGUGUCAGUGCCUCACAAGAUGGAAAGCUCAUCGUGUGGGACAGCAUCACAACCAACAAGGUGAACGCCAUCCCUCUGAAGUCGUCGUGGGUGAUGACCUGUGCGUACGCGCCCUCGGGGAACCUGGUGGCGUGCGGCGGUCUGGACAACAUGUGCUCCAUCUACAACCUGAAGGGCAAAGACGGGAACGUCAAGGUCAUGAGGGAGCUGGCGGCGCACACAGGUUACCUGUCCUGCUGCCGCUUCCUCAGCGACACUGAGAUCAUCACCAGCUCUGGAGAUUGCACCUGCGUACUAUGGGACAUCGAGACGGGUACCGAGAAGAUGGUGUUUGCGGGACAUCAGGGCGACUGCAUGUCUCUGGGCGUGUCUCCAGACUUCAAGUUCUUCAUCUCAGGAGCGUGCGACUUCACGGCCAAGCUGUGGGACAUCAGAGAGGCUCAGUGCAGACAGACCUUCAGUGGCCAUGAGAGCGACAUCAACGCCAUCGGGUUCUUCCCCAAUGGUAACGCAGUGAUCACAGGCUCUGACGACGCCACCUGCAAGCUGUACGACCUGCGGGCCGACCAGGAGCUCAUCACCUACCAGGACUCCAGCAUCAUGUGUGGCGUCACCUCCCUCGCCGCCUCCAAGUCCGGACGCCUCCUCCUGGCCGGACACGACGACUUCAACGUCAACAUCUGGGACAUGCUGAAAUCGGAGAGAGUCGGAGUGCUGGCGGGUCACGACAACAGGGUGAGCUGUAUCGGGGUCUCCUCAGACGGGAUGGCGUGUUGCACAGGAUCCUGGGACAGCUUCCUGAAGAUAUGGAACUGAGCAUCAUCGAGCAGAGAGAGAGAGGGGGAGCAGCGAAGUGAAGAAGAUAAAAAAAUAUAAGAAAUUGGAGUUUGAGGGAGGGGGUGAGAAGAGGGUAUUUCAAUUGUGCCAAGUCCUAUCUAACGUUGGAGAGGGGGAGUAAUGUGAAGAUGUUCUCCUCUCACCUGGGGGGAAUUCAGGGGCGGGACAAAGAGGGUAUAGGGGCGGGGGUCUCAGUAAAACAUCAUUCCUCUUUAAUACUUUAUUAUAUUGCGGUUUAAAAUAAACAUAUGCACAUUGAUCGCAGCGAUUCACCCGAUGAGAACAGUUGCCAAAUGGAAAUGGUAGCAGACUGGAUGAGGUAGAGACGCGUGUCCAGUUACAGCCUGUGUAGGUUUCACUCUAGCUCAGCUAAUACGCUGUGUUUUAUAUCAAAGCAUAAGUUAUGUCAUGAAUAAUAUGAGAAUUUUUGUUUCAGAUUGUUGUUCCUAGUUCCCCCCCCCCCCCCCCCUUAGAUGCUUACAUUAACUUUCUCUUUCUUACUUUAAUUAAAACUCUAGUGUGCAGUAGUGUUUGAGUUGUUUUGUAUGUGAUUGAGUGACAAUAUUUACCAGGAUUUUGAGGUCUUUAUCAUUUGGACCUACCCCUCCCCUUGUAGCUAGAGCUGGAAAGUACUUUGGGUAAACUGCUGACGGGAUAAUGAAAUGUUUUCACGGUUGACUAAGCACUUAGGAAAAAAAAAAGAUGACCCUGUUUUUUCUCAGGCCAGGAGGACUUUGUGUAUGAGUGGAUGAGAAAGGCUAUUGUGUGAGAAAUAAAUCUGUGAACGCUUACUUUCCCCUCUGCACGGUACACUCCAACGACGUACAAACAGAAUAUGUCCACGGUCUGACUCGAGUUUGGACUGCCUCUUUUCCAACACUGGAUACACGAUAAAGUAAAGCAAUACUACCUUUCUUAAUGACUGUCUAAUAAACAUGGGAUUCUGCAUUA